UUUAGUUUGUAGUGAACACGUUACACGGUAUGGUAGUGAACUUUGAUAUUAUCAAAAAUGUACUAAAUUUAGUACAAUUGUAUUAAUACGGUCACCCUGCUUCCUAUCUAGCCUUGAACGGCAACCAUGUGGUGAGAUUCCGUCGUCCCGUCAAGCAAGGUUGUUGUUGAAGACGUUGGUUGUUGUCGUUUUGAGGUGAGGCAAGGGGCAAGGGGUAAUAGAAACAACGUUGCGUUCGACUCGUCGCGUCGGUCGUCGCUCCUCCGAACUGUUCCGACCUCGCCGUCUAUAUAACCUUCACUGUAUAAAUAGUUAUCGUGCCAUUCCAAGUCUCGCAGUCGCAACGAGGCAAGUUGUUGGCUACGUGUUGAGUGUAGUUUUCAACGGCCACGAGCAUUUUUAUUUUAAAAUGGACGCCGCAGAACUUACGGACGUUUGCAGGCUUUGUCCUGUGAGCAGUGUGAGCAAUACUCAGUUAAUUAACGUGUUUGACGAGCGAUUUUCGGGAAAAUAUAAUAUAAAAGAAGUGAUUUUAGUGACAACUGGAAUUGAGGUGCUGCAAAACGAUUUAAUAUCCGUUAAAAUUUGCGAUCGUUGUCUCAAUAUAACAUUGAAAAUGUUCAAGUUUCGACAAGAUGCUAUCCAACAGGACAAAUCACUGAGGGGGAAACUCUCGGACAAACUCAAACAAUUCUUUGCAGAUCAGGAAAUUCGCAUACCCAACACUGAGGUAAGGAUUAAAAGAGAAACACCAUCCACAUCCUCUGCAAAAAAGAUUAAAAAGGACUUGGAUGUCCAUAAUUCCGUCACACAAAUGUUUAAUGUUUUUCCAACAUUAAAACUACCUUCGAUUUGUAUGAAGCAAGAUAUGGCGCCAUUCGUUUCACUGCCGAUGGGAGAUGUUGAAAAGUACUUUAAAGACAGAAAAUUGAACAUGAAUCAAUACAUUUCGAAAUCACCAGCAGCUUCAAUGAGUAAUAGAAUUGCCAAAAAGAGAGUUCGUGUGUCAUCGCAACAUAAGAAAACCGUAACUCCCUUGAAAAUUAGCAAAAAAAUGUUCAAACCUCAUGAAAAAUCAACGGAAACUAGUGGCAGUUACUUUUGCACACCGGUCAAUGAGGUAGAAUCAAGAAAAAGAUCUUUAUCGACUGGUUCUGGUCUCAAAGCCAAAAUCAGUAAGGAAUCAAUCCCGGGCUGUUCAAAUAGUAUUAGUAAUGUUUCAGUAACACCUUUGAAGGUUACCUUGGAACACACAACACCAGUCGAUCAAUCUGAAGACAGCCGAGACAGUGUGACAUCUAAUAAAUCUACAGCGACAAGUUCUAGUAGCAGUAACGAAGCUCAUCAGAAUGCUCACUCUGAAUCAUUCGAUUUAAACCCAUCAGUAACAAGGAAAUGUGAAACCCAGUUGGUGUGUCAUCUAUGUGCAAGUGUUCAUAACAACGCCUCUGAACUUAAACGGCAUACCCUGAAACAUAUGGUUUGCCAGUUUUGUAAGCGCCGAUUUAAAUCGUUGGAAAAUAAAAAUCAUCAUAUUAAUAAUAUCUGCGUAAUAAAGAAGAUGAUGAAUACUUCAGAUCCAAAAGUCCAUUUAACAAAAAUCGAUCUGGAUUUGGAGACUAGAAGAAAAUACGAGAACGCAUUUACAAUGUUUGAACCAAUCCAGGGUUCGGUGAAACCUGAAGAAGUAUUUGUAAGAGCGGCAUCUCCUUCAAAGUCGGGGCAUCAAUAUAAUAUUAUCGUUCUUUCUGAUGACGACACCGAUGUUAAUGAAGAUCCUUUAUCAGGCUCUGCGCCGACACCUGAAAUUAUACCAUCGGCUACUAUCAGCUACUUCCCAGAACCAGUUCUUUACAAUUCCUCUAUUGUAAGGCCAGAUAUUAAAAUAAAAACUAAUGACAUUAUAAGUCCAUUUUUUGGCAAUACCAAUGAAAAAGAAGUGAUGAAAGGUCUACUUAGGCGACCUGAUGAUGUAAAGAUAUGUGUGGAGAAAAUGAUUCAAACUGAUAUGCCAUCUAGUAAGGAUAUCAACAUUAAAUCAGAUGGGACGUGCGAGUUUAAAAAUCUCAAAGAACAAAUAGUACCAUUUAAGGUGCCCAUUCAUAUUGUUAACGGGCCAUUUAAUGUUACUUAUAAAUUUGAUAGCCCACCUAAAUCUGCUAAAAAAUCGGAAGCAUGGGAUUGGGAUAGCGUACCAUUUGUGCGUAUCGGAAAAAAAUCUACAAAAAUUCAACCCGCGGUCGCCAAUAGUAAACCAGUUGCAAGCUCUCUAGUACCAAUUCAACUGCCUGUGGUCCUUAUAAAUAAUAAUCCGCAACCUGACGUUUCUCAAUCAAAUAACGCACAGGCUGUUAAUUCACCAACUCCUAUGUUACAGACCUAUUUUGAUAGAGCUCCCAAUGCUACGGUGCCAAGAAAGUCACUUCCAAUUCCAAAGACUUACCUUAGUAAAAAUUCGAAUAGUGCUUUGAAAAGUAUACUGGCAGCAAAUACCCCUGUUAGUCAGAAUAAUGGUCCAAAAAGCUCCGUUAAUACUUCAAUCAGUAAUGCGGUUCUCAACAAUACAACCAACCAACGUUCUCCAAAUACCUUGUUGAGUGACAUGCUGGACGGAUUUCCCACUGCCUCAUCUUCGAAUAUGACAGAAGAAAUAGCAUCCAAUAUGAGAAAUUUGCUAAAUAAUACUCCUCACUCAAAUUCGCCUGCCAAAAAUAGCACUCCCCACCGAACAGUAUCAACCAAUCAAGUUUUUGUAAAUAAUACGAUUAUACCGAAUAAUUCAGCAAAUCGUGUGCAGAAUGAUGUGAUGCCCAUGUCCAGUGGCAGGACUUCGAAUAGUCAGUUCGGUGUAUCCGCCAAUUUUGCUAUAUCCGCCAAUUUAUUCGCCCCAAAUACUACAGCAGCAUCAUCAAACAAUCCAGCUCCUAUUCAGAAUAUUCAUGUUUCAACUCCAAAUCAGCAAAAUUAUUCUCCUUCAGUUACUCCAAAUUCGAAUAUGUUUACUUCUCCUGGUCAAUCAGUAUCAAACACGCAUAGAAAUCUAAUGCCAAAUGCACAAAUGAAUGUGAAUCCUCCUCGUUCAUUGUUACCAGCGACUUCGGCCACGCAAAGCACACAAAGAAAUGUUCCUUCCUUGGUUCUACAGAGGAAUUCAUUGUUGUUGCCAAAUUCGCAGAGAAAUGUAAAUUCCUCUACUAUGGCCACGCAAAAUACACAAAGGAAUGUUCCUGCUUUGGUUCCACAUAGGAAUGCGUUUUUGAUGCCAAAUCCAAAUACACAGAGAAACAAUACUUACAGCAGCUCCGAACCUGCAAGAUUUAGGAUACUACCAACUGACAUAGUCUCACAAAAAAUUUGUCGAAAGUGCUACAGAAACGUACGAAAAAUUCACGAAGUUGUCCAAUGUGCUAUCAGACACGAUCAAGAUUUGAAGGAAAAAUGUCAACAAUACAUCGAGAAUAGAGGUUUGCAUCUACCAAACACUUGCAUAACAAUCAAAAAAGAUAAUCGAGUGCUUGCUCAAAAAGAAACCGAACAAAAGCAUGGUCGUGUUGUUAGAACGAAACCAUCAGAGUCCAGCCUAUUCUCCAAUAAAAAUUUGGAAAACGCCGAAGAGACAACUUCAGCAAGAAAGAAAGCUUCAAAGAAAAAAAAAGGUCCUACAACAAUACAUUCAAGCAUCAUCAAUGUCUACAGAAAGUAUCCCUCUUUUAAGCUACCCAAAAAAUGUCUGGAUAGGGAUAUAGCACCCAUUGUUUCGUUUCCUAUGGGAGAAGUAGAAACCUUCUUCAAAAAUAGGAACCUGGAUAUGUCCAAGUAUAUUUAUAGAGAAAGAAGAACAAACAAGGGGGAACAAUCAGAUUCGGACAGUGAUUCUUCCACAUCCGCCGAAAGCCAAACCGAUAAUCCGGUAAAUAGAAAAAGCAUAAUAACAAGGACUAUUGCAGCUAACGAGUUUAUUAAAAAUCCGGAAUUUAAAACUUCUAACGACGUGCUGAUGUUAGAUGAUUCACCCUCGUCAAAUAAAAGAAAAAUUUUAAUCGGCAGAGAUCCAAGUCUGAAAAUAAGAAAAAUAUCAGUUGAAACACCUAAAAAUUCAACAGUUGUCUUUGAUCAACUUUUGGCAAAUACUUCAUCUGACCAAAUAACAUCUUUACAAGAUGAUUCUCCAAUCGCCUCCAAACCUGAUUUUAUUCAAUCCUUAGGAUUAACACCUGCAACAGAUGAAGCUGUAUCUCAAAACUCCCUCACAUGCCAAAUUUGCAAUAGUGUACAGGCUAAUAUAUCUGCUUUAAAGAAACAUACUAGCAGACAUAGAGUGUGUCCAUAUUGUAAACUGAAAUUUAAAUCGAUUGAAACCAAGCAGCUACAUAUUGAGCGUAAUUGCCCUAUGAGGAAAAAUACAGCAGGGUCCAAAAAAAAUGAACGCGAUGUUGAUGUCAAGCAACAACAUGAUAAUGAAGAGACUCCUAGCAAUGAUACUCCUAAGCCAGCAGACCAAACAGACGAAACAGCUUACGUACCAGUUGUAAGUAUUUAUAAUGACACUACUGUGGAUGGUCUCGAAAAUAAAUUGAGUGAUGUUGAAGUUAUCAAGAACAUCGCUAAAAUUUUGAGAAAUAAUUCAGUGGAAUCAGAAGGAGAAAUGCAAAUUCGACUGCCUUGUAAUGAAGAUAUUUUAAUGUGCAAUGAUAAAGUUCAAAUAAAGAACUUGAGAAAUUAUUUACCAGAUUACAUGAUUCCUAUUACGUUUAAACAUAAUGACGAACUGAGUGUUGUUUUUAAUAAAGAACCUACAAAAAAAGAUUGUUCUAAUAAAUUAGAUGACUGGGAUGAUAUACCAUUAAUAGAAAAACGUAAGGAAAAUCCUACUUCUCAAGAAAUUCCUUUAUUAAAUGCUGUUACAUUUGUAACAUCUCAAGUUCAAUCUUUGAUGAUGACUUCUCCUGCGAUGUCAUUUAUUCUACCGAAUGGAUCCACUUUUAUUCCAAAUACCGGAAUUUCUAUUCAAAACAACGCACCUGGUCAAACUAUAUUUGGUAAUACUUCAAUUCAAACUACACCGCUAUUGCAGAACUAUACUUUAAGUAUGACACCUCUUCCUAUGAUUCAAACUAGCUCAAAUUCCAAAACAAAAUCUUCAGAAGAUUCUGUUGGAAAUGUAUCAUCCACAACACCAUUGUGUAAAGAAGAACCCAGUACAUCAAUGUCAAUGCGAAAAUCUCUUCCUGCCACAGUUUCAGUAUCGAAGGAAGAUUCUGUUCGUAGAAGAAGGAGGUCUUCACCAGCGACCAAACGUUCGGAAAGUCGCAAAAGUCAUCGAAAACGUCGGCAAAUUAUUAAAGUUAAAAUUGGCAAUAUGACUAAUAUGAGGACUCCUAAAAAGGUUAGAGUUAAGAAUAUUUGGGAGAAAUAAUUUGCUUAUAAUUUCCCACUGAUAUUAUGUACCUAGACUAAUUUUAUUGGAGCUCUAAUACUUCGAGUGGAAGAGGAGAGGGGACACAUUUUGUAGUUCUAGACGCUUAUUCUUCCAUCUAUAUUUGCCUAUGUACAACCAUUGUAAUGUGCCUUACAUUGAGUUAGAUAAUUAUUAUAUGUAUAAGUAUAAAAAUAUAAUCACUUUUCUAUUAUCAUUAAAAUACUUAUGGUUUAGGUUGGUUGGAAGUAGUUUAUGUUUUUCAUAUAUUAUGUAGGUAAGUAUUUGUAACUACAAAUCUAAUAUUAGGUAUCAAAAGAUUCUUCAGUUUUUUUUUUAUAGAGUACCUAUGCUUUGUACUGAUAGGUACAUAGUUUAUGUUUUCCAUAUAUUAUGUAGGUAUGUAGCUACAAAUCUUAUAUUAAGUAUUCAAAGAGUUAAGUUUUUUUUUUUUUUUUGAUAGAGUAAGUAUUGCUUCUGAAGCUUUUUACUAAUAAGCGUUUAUCCAAAGACUUUUUAGGAUAAGCCUAUUAUUGUGUUUAAUUAAAUAAAGCGCCAAAGAAGAGAAAACACGAUUAUGCUUCCCCAAUUCCUAAAUAUCAUUAAUACUAAAUAUUUAUGUGUGCCAAUUAUUCAAGGCCAAGGAGGCGUACUCUCCCCUCUACAUAAUUACAAAAAUACUCCCACCACAAAUGUAAUGUUGGUUGCGGACGGUUUUGCUAUCUAAAGUUUUUGGAACAUGUCAACAGAUAUGAAGCCUUUUUUUGUCGGAGGUGCUUCGCUGAAUAGUAUUUUCUAUAGUUUUUUCUGUAAUACUUUGAGUGGGAAAGUGAGACACCUAUUUUAUAGUUUUAGGCUCUUAUUCUUCCAUCUUCCAUACUUCCCUAUAUGUACGACCAUUGUAAUGUGCCCUAUAUUGAGUUACAUAGAUCAUUAUUAUCUAUAGGUAUAAAAAUAUUUAUAAAAUUUGAUGCAUUUAUUUAUUUAUAUUCAUAUAUGGAUAUUGGAUAAUCACUUUUCUAUUAUCAUGCUGUUACAUUUGUAACAUCUCAAAAAUACUUAUGGUUAAGGUUUGUUUGAAAUAGUUUAUGUUUUUCAUAUAUUAUUAUGUAGGUACCUAUGUUACUACUAAAUCUAUAUUACAAGAUUCUUAAGUUUUUUUUUUUUUGAUAGAGUAUUAGGUAUUAUUGUUUCUGGAACUUUUUACUGAUAAGUUGUGUUUAUCCAAAGACUUUUUAAGAUAAGUUUAUUAUUGUAUUUAAUAAUUUAAUAAAGCGCUGAAGAAAAGAAAACACGAUUAUGCUUCCCCAAUUCCUAAAUAUCAUCGAUAUAAAUAUUUAUCUGUGCCAAUUAUUAAUUGAAUCAUUGGUUUUUAAGAAUCGAACCAAGGACGCAUACCCUAACUUCCCCC